AUGAGCGCCUUCGACAGCUUUCUUGGUAUAUACAAUGACUCGUAUGAUUUGAUUGUCAAAUCAUCCCAAGCCAUGAUUGCAUUGAGUGCUGUUGCACUUAUUGGUGGUGCUGUCCAAGCCUAUCGUUACAAGAAAUCAUCACCUUAUGUAUUGGUGUGCAUUGCUGCUCUCUGUUACCUGAUCCAAGGAGCCAUCAAUGGCAGCAUCGACUCACAAGUGGGAAGAUUUACGGAUAUGGUUCCUCCAGCAUUGGCUGCCUACUUUUUUGGUGCACUAUUUCCAAUCCUUGCUUGGGUGAUUCUAUUGGACAUCUUCCGCUUGGUGCAACCUAAGAGUGAAGGCACCACAACAUGGGGCAUGCUCAAGAGUGAACUUGUUGGUACCUUUGCAGGCUACAUUUGGGCAUUCAUCAUGGCCAUAUGUGAUAUUGCAUUCAUUGGCAGCAUUGGUUCCUUGGUUAAUGGCUCAGCAGGUCUCUCAUUAAGUUUGGCAUUCAAUGCGUUGCGUACUUGUGAGUUCGUUACUUAUGGUCUAUGGGCUUUCAUUCCUCUCUACAUCUACCAACAACGCAUCAGCUGGAACGUCACUCAACCUUUCUUUCGAUCAUUUGCUGUCUUUGCUGCUUUGGUCUUUUGUGUUACGAUUGGUCGCACAGCUAACCUUGCCACUUCAAUGAACAACCUUGAUGGUUCACAAGCUAUGGCAGCUCAAGCUGUUGAUUUCGUUUUGGCUCGUCUCUUUGGUGUAUUUGCUCUCUAUUGGGUGAUCGCUUUUGCCCAUACAUGGGUGAACAAUGAUAGCACCCCCAAGGCCGAUGUCGAGCAACAGCAGCAGCAACAACAACAACACGCAUCUCCAGCACCACAACAGCCCGCUGCUGACAACACCAAGACCGAGGUUUCUGAAGCAUAA